UGCGUCGCAAUGACGGCGAAGAAGAAUCAGACUCUGCAGAAUGGAAGUGCCAAGGAGAAUGUGCUGCAGAGGGUCCUGCAGCUGCCGGUGGUGAGCUCGACCUGCGAAAGCCUCCAGCGGACCUAUGCCAGCACCAAGGAGGCCCACCCGCUCAUGGCCUCCGUGUGUGAGGUCUACGAGCGGGGCGUGCAGGGUGCCGGCGCCUUGGCCAUGUGGAGCAUGGAGCCCGUGGUGCGCAGGCUGGAGCCUCAGUUCGCUGUGGCUAACAACCUGGCUUGCCGGGGCUUGGACCACCUGGAGGAGAAGAUCCCUGCCCUCCAGUACCCUGUCGACAAGCUCGCGUCUGAACUGAAGGGCACCAUCUCCUCCCCACUCCAAAGCGCCAGAAGCACCAUUGGCAACUCCAUGGAUAAGAUCAUGGAGCUGGCGGCAGAGGGCUACGAGGCCACCAAGAGCACGGUGGAAACGACAGCAAGGUACACGAGGAGGAACUCGGUGAGCCAGAUGGCAGCCGCAGGGGUCGACACGGCCCUGGGAGGGCUGGAGAAGCUGAUGGAGUACCUGCUGCCAGAGGAGGAUGAAGAAGCAGAUCAGAAGCCCAAAGAGACGCGUGGGUCAGCAGUAAAGGUCUCCCAGCAGCAGCCCAGCACUCCCAGUGCUCCCAGCACUCCCAGCACCCUGGGCCGGAUUGGCACCUUGGUUAGCACCGUCUCCCACCGCGCUUACCAGCAAACCACCCAAAGCCUCCAGCGUGCCAAAGCCAAAGGGCAGGAGCUGGCCACUUGGAUCCCCAUCCUGGGCAGCUUGGCCAAGCCAAGCGCCCGCGAGGCGCCGCGGGUCCACAGUGAUGGGCAGAGCACCACGGCCGGCUGGCUAAGCCAGCAGCAGAGCAAGGUGCCGGAGCAGAAGCAGGAGAAGGCGGGGAAGAAAGACAACCACCACACCAAGGAGGUAUGAAGAAAAGGGGAGCAGUGAGCCGGGAGCGCCCCAAAGCAUCCCAUUGCCCACAACGGGCAACCCGCCUGUGCCUCCGGCAUCUCCAGCGUGAAGAAGGUCCCGGCCGUGGCCUGGGACGCGGCGGAGGGGUUGAUCCUCUUCACCCCCCGCAGGCUGUCCAAGGCCAUGGAGACGGUGGAUGCUCUCGGCGGGACCCUCGUCAGUGCCCCCAAGCAUCUGCUGGGCACCCUGUACAGCUACGUGCCGGUGAGUUUGCAGUCAGGUGAGCAAAAGGAGGCGGCCGGGGGCAGCAAGACCAGCCCGGAGACGGAGCAGAAGGAGGAGGACGCCAAGCCUGCCGCCCCCUCCUCAGAGGAGAAAUCCCAACUGAGGGGCGAUUGGCGGCUGUACCGCGGCCCUCACCCCCCC